GAUGGCAAUGCGGAAGGGUUUGACUUCUAAAGCUAGCAACAAGUUGGUGCUCAACUCUGCUGCCUUUCAAGACCACAUCACACGCAACCUGCUGCAUCCAAAUUUCCUACUUUCUGACCCUUUUCUGAGAGGCAAAAGAAAAGCACCCAGAAGAAGAGUGGAGGAGGAAAGGGGUCUGCAGACACAAGAUCAGCAAGAAGAGAGAGAAUAUGUGCUUGAUUCUGCUCCACCCCCUUUAACAUUAGCUCAGAAGUGGGGUUUGGUGGCCUCCCCUGCAGGGAGAAUAACGGAGGACGAAUGGACUCGGGUCAAGGCGAGGUCUGUUCAGCAGGGGGACUCGGCACAGCCCUGUGCAAUAUGCAGGGAGGAGUUCUGCCUUCAGCCUCAGGUGUUGCUGUCGUGUUCUCAUGUUUUCCAUAGAGCGUGUUUGCAGGCCUUUGAGAGGUUUUCUGGGAGGAGGUGCUGCCCAAUGUGCAGGAAGGAGCAGUAUGAGACACGGGUGAUUCACGAUGCAGCUCGCCUCUUCAGACACCAAUGUGCCACCAGAAUUCAAGCAUGCUGGCGAGGCUACCUUGCUCGAAAAAGGUACCGAAAAUUGAGAAAAUCCGUCUGGCCAAAAGACAAACGGCUGCGACGGAAAUUCUUCGAGGCAAAGUUGCAGGAGUUGAAUGACAGCUUUGUUCGAUACUGUCACACCGACACGGAGGCUUUUCUGACUGAUAUCAACCGCUCGCUGUCAUCAAGCAGACGAGUGUUCCAGCAGCUGGAGAGAAAGCAUGUCUCUGAACCUCAGGAGAGCGACUGGGACCGAAUACAAAGCCAGGUUGUCCAGAGAGGUGUCUGGGACUGCCCCAUCUGCCUGACUGCUUUGUGUAGCCGAAGCCUCCCAACAGAAGCCGGUGCAUCCAGCCAUCAACAACGCAGACGCACCGUGCUCCUGUCCUGUUCCCACCUCUUCCACCAGCUCUGUCUAGAGGCCUUUGAGGCCUUUUCUACUGAGAGCAGACCUUCCUGUCCCCUGUGCAGAUCUGCCUACCACAAAAAACUCAUCUAACCAGACACUCGGGCGCUCGUGUGUUCGCCGCAAUCAAGACUCUCACAGCACAGCUCAACUGGCCAACGAGGAGAACGCUCAACGCAGUCCAGAGGAGGGAGGGAGGAAGAGAUGGAGAGAAAUGAAGAGAGAACAACAGAGGGAGACUGAUGGAGGAGAAGGAGUCGACGUCUGAGCGCAUCUCAAUCCCUGGAGGUAAGAGAGGUGAGAGAGGAAUGCUUUCAGGGACUUCAGCCACGUCCCACACGCGCUCUCUUAAGGAUGCAUCAGGACAAGCAGAUGCCGCAGGCAGGACGUGCGUCCGCUCAAGCGCACCAGUCCACCUUAACAAGCCGCCCAUGCCAUGCUGGAGGUGUAUUCCCUUCAGAUAGGUCGCUCAAUCAUUUAUGAGACUCAAAUCAUUACCCAUUCAGAUCAUUUAGGGCAAAGGCAAUGCUUGUCACCUCCCUUACUAUCAUCCCCGGCUCCUGCCUCGCUGGAGGAGCCAUCCACUGUGUCAGAUGUGAUGUGACAGUGAACUGUGAGCCCAGAUUGGUAUCAUUGAUCCAUGCACAUGCAUAACACUGCACCCUGAAAGUUCCUUACCUCUCCUUGCAAGGGAGAACAUUAAGUCCUUUGUUCCUCAUCAAGGCGAAUUUAUGCUUUAAAAAACUAUGGUAUAAAAAUAGAAAAAUGCAACUCAGCUAUCAUCACUGAUCAAAGAUGAAACUGUCAACUGGUGAGGGAAGAGGGGAAAAAAAAAAAAAAAAAAAAAAAAAAGACCUGUGCCUUGGCAUCCGGAGCGCCCGCUGAAAGUUUCUAUUCUUGCCAUUCUAAAUGUGUAACAUCUAAAUAUAGCAGCUCUGAAAUAUUCAGCAUCCCCUGAUCCUCACACCGACAUGGAGUGAGGGGCUGCUUAACUGCAGCUGUGCUCCAUCAAGAAAGGAGAGUCUUCCAAGAAAUGCGUGUAGUGGCCAGAGAUUUAAAAAAAAUAAAUAAACGCUUCAUAUGCAGUACCAAACAAAACAUGCAUGAAUUGACGUACGCACACGCAGACAGACGCACAUGACCAGCAACGUAAAUAAACCAACUACACAAAGCCACAGAGGGUCUGGAAACAGUUCACCAGCUGUAUCGCCCUGCUUGUGCUGCAGAAGAACUAAAGCACAAUCUGCCACCGUCUUCUUCUGGAAGUUAAAUGCCAGUGUGCAAUAGUGGACGAGCGUAAGAGAGAGCGAGAGAUGAUACUCGGGAAGAUGCAGGGCUGUGUUGGAUG